UCGCCAAGCUCCCGCUGUCCCGCAAGCCUCCGGAACUGGGCGGGGAUGGCAACCACCGCGCCGGCCAAGAGGGAGCCGCUGCGUCCGCGGAGCAACAACGCCGGCGCGGCUCCGGCCGCAGCGAGGCGCGGGCCGGCUUCCGCCGAGAAAGAGAACCGGGGCCCGAAGAAUCCCGGGCAUGGGAAAGAAGAGGAGGAGAAGCUUGCGACUACUGAGCUGUCGAAGCAUGCAAAGCUGGCACCGCCACCGCCGCCGCUGAAGCCGUCGUCGCUGCAGCUCCGCAUGAAAGACGAGUCCUCCUCCUCCUCCUCGUCGGCGGUGGAGGCGGCCUUGCUAGUCGGGCCGAGGGGGAGGGAGCUACUCCCGCCGCCACCGCCGGCGUCGUCGUCCUACGAGGCGUGGGACCUCUCCGACAGCGAGUCGGCGCCGGCGUCCUCCUGGGCGACCCUCCCCAACAGGGCGCUGCUGUGCAGGCCUCUGCCGCUGGACGUCGGGCGUUGCACCUGCGUCAUCGUCAGGGAGGUGGCCGUCGGCGCGAGAGGGGUCGCGCUCUACUCCCUCUACACCAACGAGGGGCAGGGGCGGCAGGACCGGAAGCUGGCGGUGGCGCGGCACCGGAGGAGGAGAGGGAGGUCGGAGUUCAUCAUGGCGCAGAACCAGGACGGCAUUUUCUGCACCGCUGACAAGAACUUCCUCGGCACGAUGCCCGCCAAUCUGGUCGGAUCCAAGUACCAAAUCUGGGGCCAGGGGAACCGGGCCGACGAGCUGAAGAGCCAAUCGAAGCGGCUUCUCGGCGUUGUCGCGUUUGCCCCUACCAUCACAACGCUGACGGGAAGUUUCAGAAGCAUAAGGGCAUGGAUCCCCAAGAACCAGUCUAUGCAGCUGAAGACCAACAAUUCUGCUCAGAUUCAGCAUAUCAGUGGGCUCCCAAAGGAUUGGCAGGAGAAGAAGAGCAGAGCUGACCAGCUGUGCUCAAGAGCCCCAUUCUACAACAAUAUGACAAAGCGCUAUGAACUGGACUUCAGAGAGAGGGCAGGAAGGAUGGGGUACAAGGUGCAGACAUCGGUGAAGAACUUUCAGAUGACUUUGGAGGAGAAUGGAAGGCACACAGUUUUGCAGCUCGGCAGGAUUGGAAAAUCCAAGUACAUAAUGGACUUCAGAUACCCAUUGACUGGCUACCAAGCGUUUUGCAUUUGCCUGGCGUCGAUCGACUCCAAGCUGUGUUGCACUCUGUGAGAUGGGAGAAGUGGAACAUGUGUUUAUUUUUGCAGCUAAGGUUUCCUUUUUGCGAUCCUGUAUUCCCAGCCUUCUCACCUUGAGAAAAGGGGUUGAAUAAUAGAUCAAGCUAAUAUGUGCUUAUCCUUGUGCCACUGACGUGUUGUUUGAUACCUUUUUUUAAUAAAAAAGUAUGGUAUUA